GGGCUUUAGUAUAGAUUCGAAAGUUAACCAUCGGUGAGGAUCGAUGGCAAGAACGUUUUGUAGUCUACUACGGUAGGAGCGACAGAACUGAAGGACGCACGCAGAUACUCGGUUUGAUUUGGUGUGAUAAUUAACCCGGAAGCGGAUAUAGUGCAGUGCGAAAAUUCAACGAAUAAGCAAAGACUGAUAAAAAGUGCAUUAAAAUGAAAUUGUUCAUAAUAUUUUUAACAGCCCUAGUGGCUACAGCUCAAUCCGAGUUCAAUGGAUACACCUAUAGCACGCCAACAUGCCAACUGCAGACGCCGACAUAUAUCACCUCUACUGUCGUUAGCACAAACUACCAAACCAUAAAAAUACCGACCAACCCAAGCACCCAAUAUGUCACUAGAGUUUCUACAAUCAUCCAAACGUCCGCCUUCACGGAAACUGUUCCAGUUUACAACACAAUAACACGUACCAAUACUGUUACGCGAACUGCACCUCCUCUACCACCAACGACAAUCUACAACACUGUUACUCAGCCUCCUCAAGUUUCAACUGUAGUUUCCACUAUUGUCAGACCAACUCCAGUAUACCAAACAAUCAGGGAUGUUGUGACUGUCACCCAACCUCCAAUUGUUCUUCCUCCACAAACUAUUGUAAGAACUCUUACGCAGCCCCCAGUAACCUCAUAUCAGACUUCUGUAGUCACACAGACUGUUCCUGUUGUAACUAGAAUUACAAAUGUGGUGAACGUACCUGGACCAACCAUUACUCUGCCACCAGUGACUGCCACUAGAACUCAAACUUUACCUCCGGUAACGCGGUUCAGCACUUCCUACCUUACAACCACCACACCAGUUAUUCAAUACUCAACUGUCACUCUUCCACCUGUUACACGUACGCUUCCCGCUGAAACUGUUCUUAGAACAACGACCUUACCUCCAGUAACAACAACAUCCACCUCUAUCAUUGCUACACCUACUCCAGUCUACCGUACUAUCGUUCAAACUGUAACUACUUCACUGCCACCUCUGCCACCAAGCACUCGGGUAAUCUAUUCUACCGUUGUUCAGCCUCCGGUAAUCCAAACCGUUCAGCUGACAAGCACUUUGAUCAAACGUGACACCCAGAUUAUUACGCGCACCAUCACAAGCACUGCUUCUAUCCCUGUUCCUGAGUACGUCACAAAGACCAUUCAACUGCCGCCAGUGACCAAGACUGAAAUUUGUAAACCUACAAACGCCUACCUACCGACGAAACCUGACAACGAAUACCUCCCUCAAUUCAAAGAACAACGUGGUGCUGACUAUCAGCCUCGCUAUAAUGACAUCUACCAGUAUUGAUGAAGAUUCCAGUCACCUCCAGCUAAACCCGAACAUGAUACUCAACGAUAUGGUAUGAAUGGCUCAUGUGUACAUGAAACUGUUGUGUUCCACAAGAAAAAGAAAAUACAUCCGAAGUAGUUGUUUGAAUGCUAGAAUAUGAAAUAAAUGUACAUUUUGAAAAAAAAA